AACUCACUGGGGCAGCGAAGUUUUUCGCUCGAUAGCAGAGAACGUAAAAUCCUUAAUCCUCUCUUUCUCAUAUGUUAUUUCGCUCCAAUAUUUGUUAUUAGCCUGUUCAAGGGUUUUUGAUAAGAGCAUUUGGGAAUAUAGGGUUUUCAUUCGCCAAGGAUUGCAUGCACUAUAGCAUGGAGCCUACAGCUGAAGCAAAGUAUGCUGCAUUUGAAGAAAAAGUGAAGCGGACAAUUUUUGUUGACAACCUCUCACCACAAGUUACUGAACCUGUCUUAAAAAAGGCUUUAGAUCAGUUUGGAACUGUUGAGAGUGUAAGCUUUAUUCCAAACUACUUGGAAGCUGGGAACAUCCCUUGUUGUGCUUUGGUAGAGAUGGAGAAUGCUGAGAAAGCCAAAAAAGUUAUCUCAUCAAUAACCCAAUUUCCUUUCAUGAUGGCUGGGAUGCCAAGACCUGUGAGGGGCCGUCUUGCUGAAGCUGAGAUGUUUGAUGAUCGCCCAGUGAAGCCUGGUAGAAAGAUACAUUGCCGUUGGUUAGACCCAAGUGACCCUGAUUUUGAGGUGGCAAAGAAACUGAAGUACCUUACCCAAAAGCAUGCUGCUGAAGCUUCUUUCUUGCUCAAGCAACAACUGAACAGAGAAGAGAAGCUACAUAAUCAACAGGUGGAGACCCUAAAAGCAAAUUUUAAGAAGUAUGAGAUGAUAAUAGGUGUCUUGAGUGAUAAAACUGCCCAAAAUUUGGCGGAUCAUUAUGGCAUGAGAAUUUCAGAUGAUUCGUAGGUUCUGUUUUCUCUUGCUUGUUUCAGUGACGAACAACAGAGCUUGUAGGUAUGUAAAUGUAAACUUCUUUGUAGCAUGUUAAGAACGUCGUAUUUAAUUAUUUUCAAAGUUGUUCAUGAUUGAAUCCAAUCUAAUUGGUUGGACCAUUAAGUUUGGCAAAAUUGGACAAUUUAAUAGAAUUAUAUCUUCAUAAUUUUGAUGAAA